AUGCAAUUAGAACUAGAUGUUGUAGAACAAAAUAAUACAUGGACCUUAACUGCCUUGCCUGUUGAUAAAGUUGCUAUUAGGUCAAAAUGGAUUUAUAAAAUUAAGCAUAAGGCUGAUGGUACAGUGGAUAGACUUAAAGAUAGGCUUGUAACAAAAGGGUAUAAUCAAAUAGAAGGUUUAGAUUAUAAAGAGAGAUUCUCUCCUGUUCCUAAACUUGUUACUGUUCGAUUGUUGAUUGCAUUAACUGCUUCUAAAGGUUGGCUUUUAGAACAAUUAGAUGUGAACAAGGCUUUCUUGCAUGGUUCCUUAAAGGAAGAAGUUUACAUGCUACCUCCAUGA